UGAACACAACUGUUUGCCCUCGUAUUUAUUCUGACAUAUACGCAGCAGCACACCUCCUAAAUCAAAACACAAAACUAACAUGAAGCACACCGGUCGCCGUUUGCGUGAGGAUUGUAUCGGACUCGUGGACCAGAGCAGGCGUGUGUCCGGGAGGAAGCAAUAGCCAGCCAUCUUUCCUCUGGCAGCAAUAACAAGAGGGUCCAGGAGGGCUCCGGGUCCCAGUUUAUUGUCUGUUUCCUCCUAAACACACGCCGAGCUUUUGGGCGACCAGGGCCAAGGGGCACAGAGAACCGUCCAACGGCACACUCAGGAGCGCGGCAUUAGCACCUCGUCUGUUUGAGUUAGUAUUUCUUUUUUUUUUUCAUGUUUCCAACAGGUCCGCCUUCCCCUACUCCCCAGGCAGCGUCCGAGCUGCUCCACGACAGCUUCACGGCAGCCAAGAGGAGGCGAGUCAACACGUCCGAGUCCGUGUCCGCGUCCCCCAAAGCCGCCUGCAACUCCUCCGCGUCCUGCUCUCCCGCGUCACAGCACGUCCAGAAGAAGUUGCGGUUCGAGGACCCGGCGGAGCUCAUCGGGCUGGAGGCGAAGAUGGCAGAGGAGUCUCCGGCCGCGUCGUGCUCGAAGGCGAAGAGCGGCUUCCCGGCCGCGGGGCUGGGACACCACGCCAACGGGCUCGCCAAGUCCGCCACGUUCGCCAACAGCAAGCCGGGGGCUGCAAAGAAACUAGUCAUCAAGAACUUUAAAGAAAAACCAAAAUUGCCAGAAAACUACACGCACGAGACGUGGCAGAAAUUGAAAGAAGCCGUGGAGGCGAUACAAAACAGCACUUCAAUAAAGUACAAUCUGGAGGAGCUCUACCAGGCUGUUGAGAAUCUGUGCUCUCAUAAGAUAUCUGCCAAGCUCUAUAAGCAGCUUAGAGCAGUAUGUGAAGACCAUAUCAAGGCACAAAUCAAUCAGUUCCGAGAGGACUCCCUAGACAGUGUGCUCUUCUUGAAGAAGAUAGACAAAUGUUGGCAAGAUCACUGCAGACAAAUGAUCAUGAUUAGGAGUAUAUUUUUGUUUUUGGAUCGCACAUAUGUUUUACAAAAUUCAAUGCUGCCAUCAAUCUGGGACAUGGGCUUAGAGUUGUUUCGCUUCUACAUCAUCAGUGAUUUGAAAGUGCAGAGCAAGACGAUUGAUGGAAUCUUGCUCCUUAUUGAGCGGGAGCGCAGCGGCGAGACCAUAGACCGGAGUCUCCUCCGGAGCUUGCUGGGAAUGCUCUCGGAUCUGCAGAUUUAUCAAGAUUCGUUCGAGCAGCGGUUUCUCGAAGAGACCAAUCGACUGUAUGCUGCCGAGGGUCAGCGGUUGAUGCAGGAAAGAGAGGUCCCAGAAUAUCUCCAUCAUGUUAACAAGCGCUUGGAAGAAGAAGCAGACCGCGUCAUCACAUACUUGGACCAGAGCACGCAAAAACCCCUCAUUGCCACUGUGGAAAAGCAACUACUGGGAGAACACUUGACGGCAACGCUUCAGAAAGGCCUGAAUCACCUGCUGGAUGAGAACCGUAUCCAGGACUUGUCUCUGCUGUAUCAGCUCUUCAGCCGGGUUCGAGGUGGGGUACAGGUGCUUCUGCACCACUGGGUCGAGUACAUCAAGGCCUUUGGUAGCACAAUAGUCAUCAAUCCCGAGAAAGACAAGACGAUGGUGCAAGAGCUGCUGGAUUUUAAGGACAAAGUGGAUUCCAUCAUCGAUGUUUGCUUCUUAAAAAACGAAAAAUUUGUAAAUGCCAUGAAGGAGGCGUUUGAGACCUUCAUCAACAAGCGGCCAAACAAACCGGCAGAGCUCAUAGCAAAAUAUGUGGAUUCCAAGCUGAGGGCAGGAAAUAAAGAAGCCACUGAUGAGGAACUUGAGAAGAUGCUGGAUAAGAUUAUGAUCAUAUUCAGGUUUAUUUAUGGCAAAGAUGUCUUUGAGGCCUUUUAUAAGAAAGACCUGGCUAAGAGGUUGUUGGUGGGGAAAAGUGCCUCGGUAGAUGCUGAGAAGUCAAUGCUGUCCAAACUGAAGCAUGAGUGUGGUGCUGCAUUUACCAGUAAAUUGGAGGGAAUGUUUAAAGAUAUGGAGCUUUCAAAAGACAUCAUGGUGCAGUUCAAGCAGUACAUGCAAUGCCAAAACAUCCCUGGUAACAUUGAUCUGACUGUGAACAUUCUCACUAUGGGUUAUUGGCCAACUUAUGUCCCUAUGGAAGUGCACUUGCCUCCAGAGAUGGUGAGAUUGCAGGAAAUCUUCAAGACUUUUUAUCUGGGGAAGCACAGUGGAAGGAAACUACAGUGGCAGUCAACAUUAGGACAUUGUGUGUUGAAAGCAGAAUUCAAGGAGGGAAAGAAAGAGCUUCAGGUGUCGCUGUUUCAGACGUUGGUUCUGCUCAUGUUCAAUGAAGGCGAAGAAUUUUCCUUAGAAGAGAUCAAACUGGCUACAGGAAUCGAGGACAGUGAGCUGCGACGGACCUUGCAGUCCUUGGCCUGUGGAAAAGCACGGGUCCUUACCAAAACGCCCAAAAGCAAAGAUGUGGAAGACGGAGACAAGUUUUCCUGCAACGACGAUUUCCGGCACAAACUGUUCAGGAUUAAGAUCAACCAGAUCCAGAUGAAGGAGACUGUGGAGGAGCAAGCUAGCACUACGGAGAGAGUCUUCCAGGACCGGCAGUACCAGAUCGAUGCCGCCAUCGUCCGGAUUAUGAAGAUGAGGAAAACCUUGAGUCACAACCUCUUGGUAUCUGAGGUCUACAACCAGCUCAAAUUCCCAGUCAAGCCUGCUGAUUUAAAGAAGAGGAUAGAGUCACUUAUUGAUAGGGACUACAUGGAAAGAGAUAAAGAGAAUCCUAAUCAGUACAAUUAUGUGGCUUAGAGAGAGGGAGAGAGACAUUCGGAAGGGGAGUGGAGAAUAACAGGAAAGAUGGAGGCUGUUCUCAGUGAACAUGGGGAAUAAAAUCCUUUGCUCCAGUCGAUGUUAACAUUACCCUCAUUACCCAACGACCGGCAGCUGAAUGCACAUUGCGCCACCAGGAUUUUUCAGGGGUGUGUGUUCUACUGGACUGCAUGCCCACAAAACAACAAAAAAAAAAAAUACAUUGUUCAGUUUCAGACCUUGUCAUUAAAAGUUGGACAAUCCCAGACACACUUUCUUUUAUGUAUGGAAAUGAAAACUGUAUUUAUUUUCUGAAUUGGUUCUAAAUUCUUUUGUUUUUGGCAUCCUUAUCUGUUUAUUUUUAAGUCACAUUUCCUUUUAAUUCACUGUGUAUCCUGUGCAAAAUGUUCUUGUGGGGAAGUAUGGAAAAAAGAUCACCAAUAAAAGCAGACAUUUGUUCAGUGUUGUACUAGACAUGAGUGUAUAACAUUUGAAAAUAAGAUUUCCCUCGACUCUUAAAUGUGAUCUACACAGGAGCACAGGUCAGAGGCUGUUUUCAAGUUAAGUAACUUUCUGAAACAUUGAACUGGAGCCAAAUUGGAAAAAUUUAAAUGAUGUGCCAAAAGUUAAAAACAAAGCACUUGUUUUGGCAUGAGCAGUUCAUGCUGCUAAACACUAACUUGUGUAUCAUAGCGUUUUACUUUUUCAUGUUUCCUUUUUACUGAGAUCUUGGUUUUUUUUCUUUCUUUUUUUUUUUCCCCCCCUUUUUGUUUAUUUUUGUAUAUAUUACACAUAACCCAACUUGGGGAUGGUUUUAUUGUCACAGAUUAAAGCAAGGUUUAGACAAACAGCAUUAACUUUCUGUUGAACAUUUUUAGUUAAGUGCAAAAGUUAACUUGUGCCUGUGAAACUGGCCCAUUACGUGUAAUGCAGUGAACUGCAUUGAAAUAAUAAAUUCAAAUGGACCCUUUAGUACCUCUAAGAAGCACAGCGGUGUAACAGUUAUACUAUUUAAUUGUCUCCAAGUUUGUAUAUCCCUGACUUUCUGAGCAAGGCAUAUAUUACACUGAGAGCCUCCUGUAUGGUGUCACUGGAUUAAUAGAGUUGUAUGACGGCGGUGUUUCGAUAAGUCAUGCUUAAAUGGGCAGUUGUCCAGUGUCUGAAUGGGUUUGCUUGUUUUAUUGCUUCAGAUUAAACAACUGUAUAUGUUUCCAUGAA